CCAUGUUUUGUAAAAUUAUUUUACAGAUAAAAAUUCAUUUUUUUUCUUUUUUUUUGAUACAUUUCAUCUUUAUUAAACUAAUCAAGAAAGUGAAUGAUUUGCAAAAUAUAAAAUUGUUAUUACAAAUAUAACAGAAAAUUGUUACUACAAAAUCUAUAUUUUUUUCUUCAUAUAAAUAUUCCCCAAAACAAAGUAAACAACAACCCCCAAUUCCAAAUUAAUCUCUUCUCUCACCCCAAUUCCUCAUCCAGCUUCUCUUCUCCACAAAGUUCCCAAAUUUUCUCUCUUUUCUUCAUUUCUUGUGGUGGGUCAAAUUCUAUUUUGUGUUUAGAAUACAAAUCUUUUGUGGGUUGUUAAGAACCCGAAAGGGUGUUGUAGCAUUGUAGAAAUCAUCACGGCUAUUCAAAGGGUUUCACGGUUUCUGUCUCAUGCCCGUCGUUGUUUACGACGCAAGGGUUGUGUGAUUGAAACCAACCCUUCGCCGCACGGCGGGCGUGGUGCUUUACCUUCUGAAGGCGGCAGCCCAUCUGAUCUCCUUUUUCUUGCUGGUGGUGGUGUUCUUCUUGUUUAAAUUUUAGAUUUAGGAUUUAGAUUAAGUCAAUUAAUUUUUGUUUUUUUUGAAGAAAAAAAGGUUCUUUUUUGUUCUUAGUAUUUUGGUUUGGUAGCUUUUGUUGUUUGUUGCUGGUUUUGGAUUUGGUUAGUGAGAGAUAGAGACAGAGAAGAUGUUGAGUAUUAAGAGGGUUCCUACUGUAGUUUCCAAUUAUCAAAAAGAUGAGGAUGCUCCUGUUAGUGGUUGUGGUAGAAAUUGUCUCAAGAGUUGUUGUAUUAAAGAGGCGAAGCUACCUUUGUAUGGUUUCAAACGGGUUGGUAAGGAUGAGAGAAAGGACUUGACUCUCCUUGCAUGCCAUGAACGUCCCGCGGCUUUUCUAGAUUCAAUUAUUCUUGGACAGUGGGAAGAUCGCAUGCAGAGAGGGCUUUUCCGUUAUGAUGUUACAGCCUGUGAAACCAAGGUGAUUCCGGGUGAGCAUGGUUUCAUUGCUCAGCUGAAUGAGGGUCGUCACCUCAAAAAGAGGCCAACCGAGUUCCGUGUUGACAAGGUUCUCCAGCCCUUUGAUGAAACCAAAUUUAACUUCACCAAAGUUGGACAAGAAGAGAUCUUGUUUCAAUUUGAGGCUAGCACUGAAGGGGACCCCCAAUUCUUUCCCAAUGCGCCUAUUGAUGUUGAGAAUUCUCCUAGUUUUGUUGCCAUCAAUGUUAGUCCUAUUGAAUAUGGGCAUGUGCUGCUGAUUCCUCGAAUUUUCGAGUGUUUGCCCCAAAGGAUUGAUCAUGCAAGCUUUUUACUUGCGCUUCACAUGGCAGCUGAAGCCGGAAAUCCAUAUUUUCGAUUGGGUUACAACAGCUUGGGAGCAUUCGCUACUAUUAACCAUCUUCACUUCCAGGCAUAUUAUUUGGCCCUUCCUUUUCCAAUUGAGAAGGCUCCUACUAAGAAAAUUGCUGGAAUAAACGGUGGUGUGAAAAUAUCUAAAUUGUUGAACUAUCCAGUCAGAGGUCUUGUCUUUGAGGGUGGUCAUACACUUGAUGAUUUAUCGAACACUGUUUCUGAAGCCUGUAUCUGCCUUCAACACAACAACAUACCUUACAAUGUACUUAUUUCUGACUGUGGAAGGCGCGUAUUUCUCUUACCACAGUGCUAUGCAGAGAAACAAGCUCUUGGAGACGUGAGUGCUGAGCUUCUUGACACACAAGUUAAUCCAGCCGUCUGGGAAAUUAGCGGACACAUGGUGUUAAAAAGGAAGAAGGACUUUGAUGAGGCAUCUGAAGCCAAUGCAUGGAGACUUCUUGCCGAGGUUUCUCUCUCUGAAGAGAGGUUUGAAGAAGUCAAUGCCCUUAUUUUUCAAGCCAUUACAUCGGUUGAGAUCGAUGUCACUGUCAUGCCUCAGUGCCUAGAGGAAAAUGUUGAUGCAGUUAGCUCAAGCACUCAACCUUCUAUUGUGGCUGGUUCACAUGAAUGCCUUGUUCAUCAUUAACAAACAAGGCUAUAAUAAAUAAAUUCCUAGUGAUUUUAAUUUUGUGGUUUUCUGCUAUGAAUUUCAAGUCUGAAGUGUAAACUAGCUAUUAUGAUUACUUCAUGAACUUGAUAGAAUAAGUGGUUUGUAAUUGAUAUCUACUAAUUCUCUAUAUGAGUGCUUGAUUAUGUUUCA